CGUACCAAUGAAAACAUCUGUUGGUAUCACCGGAAGUAUGGAAAUCGAGCUACGCGAUGUCGAAGCCCUUGUCAGUAUCAUCAGUCAAAAAACUAGAUUUCCGCCCAUCCGAAAUCGGCGAGGUGGGCGGAUUAAGAAUUAGUCGCCGUCUGCAAAUCUUCGACAAAUCUUCUAGUAUUCGGUUCUUAAUCGACACGGGAUCGGAUGUAUCGAUAAUACCUGCAUCCAAGAUAGAGAAGACUCGAGAACCAUCGCCGUUUUUACUCCAUGCAGCAAACGGAACGAAAAUACGAACGUAUGGGAGCAAGUUUGUUUCAGUGGAUCUCGGACUACGCCGAAAGUUUUCGUGGAAUUUUUUGCAAGCCGACGUUACUUCUGCAAUUAUUGGUGCCGAUUUCCUCGCGCAUUUUGGUCUUCUUGUAGAUCUUGGAAACAGAAGACUUAUUGAUGGUGGUACGAAAUUACACACUGUUUGUGGAUUAUCGAAAUCUUCGGUUUACGGUGUAACAACUAUAGCAAAAGAUCAUCCUUUUCGAGACUUGCUGGUCGAAUUUCGAGAAAUCACCGCCCCGCCGACAAUGCGCACUGAGAACGAUAUUUGCAGUACAUUUCGAGUUUCACAAAAGAUAUUCGGCACAUUAGUGGCAAAGACAAUUCUGCUGCAGACGCAUUAUCCAGAGUCAACACCAUCUCAGCUCCUUCAACAGUGGAUUUUGAAUUAUUAUCGAAAGCGCAGCAUGACGAUCCAGAACUACAGAAGCUACUUGCUGAUCGAACUACAUCAAUGAACUUGCAGUUAAGAUCAUCUGUUUCAACUAAUCAAUUGCUGUAUUGUGAUGUGUCGGAUAAUGUACAUGUCAGACCGUAUGUACCAGAGAAGUUACGGUUAGAAGUUCUUCGCAACAUCCAUUGCCAUUCUCAUCCCGAUGUUCGAGCAACGAGAAAAAUGGUUGCGCGAAGGUUUGUUUGGCCCUCAAUGAAUCGAGACGUCGCCCGCUUCGUCAGAUCUUGUAUUGAUUGUCAACGAUCGAAAAUCCAUCGGCAUACAUCUGCGGCGCUCAACGAAUUCGAGCUUCCAAAAAGUCGUUUCCGCCAUGUUCAUAUCGAUUUGGUUGGACCACUUCCGACGUCGAACGGAAAGCGGUAUUUAUUAACGAUGAUCGACCGGUUUAGUCGUUGGCCGGAAGCAGUUCCUUUGCCAGAUAUACUAGCAGAAACAGUCGCUAAAGCAUUUUGCGAAUGUUGGAUUUCUCGGUUUGGUGUUCCAGAAACAAUCACGACCGAUCAAGGACGACAAUUUGAAUCCGAAUUGUUCACGGAAUUGACGCGGCUUCUUGGGGCUCUCCGUAUUCGUACUACAGCGUAUCAUCCCGAAGCUAACGGUCUUAUCGAGCGUUUUCAUCGAACGUUAAAAACUUCGCUCACUUGUGUCGAUUCGAAACGUUGGUGCGAUAAACUGCCGUUGGUCCUGCUCGGUUUGCGAACUGUUAUCAGGGAAGAUAUCGAUUGUUCUGUUGCCGAGAUGACAUACGGACAGCCACUACGAAUUCCUGGCGAUUUUUUGGAACCCUCGAAGACGGAAAUAUGUCGCUCAGAGUUUGCCAAACUGCUUUGCCGGACCAUGCAACAAAUUGGACCAAUCAGAAACUCGCAUCAUGACAAACGAUCGGUAUUUGUUCCGAAGGAUUUGCAAAGUUGCAAAAGCGUUUUUGUUCGAAUCGAUUCAGUCAAGCGGCCUCUUACACACCCAUACGAGGGACCUUUUCAAAUAAUCGAAAGGCAUGAAAAGUAUAUGGACUUAAAUAUGAACGGUGAGAAACGAAGGAUUUCGAUUGAUCGUAUUAAACCAGCAUAUAUUUGCGAAAAGGAUUCGAAUGAAGAUAACGAAAGAACAAAAGUUACGCCAUCCGGUCACCGUGUUCGGU